AGAAGUUACACAUUAAGGCUUGUGAUGGCAGCACAUAUAAUCUUGUGAAGCUAUUCGAUUUUGUGUGUGGUUUCUCUUGCUUUCUACCAUUUAUUCUUAACCUCUUGUCUCCCGCAAAUGAAAGUCUUCCCAAGUCAAAGCAACAACAAAAAAUGAGCAGGCAAAAUAAGGCUCUACUCCUCUCACUUGUAGUGGUCCUCACAAACCCAACACACACCUUCUCUUCUCCUUCCUCUCCACUUUUCCUCCUCUCUAGGCACACACAACCACACUCCCGCACGCACGGACACAAAUAUCGCUCUCUCGACCAUCCAUGGAGCACCGACGGCCGUCGGCAGACCCGCAGAAGAAAAGCGGGAGGGAGAAGGCGAAGAAGGAGGUGCAGGGGGACGGGGACGAGGAAGGCGAGGAGGUGGCCCCCGGUGGGAGGAUUGGGGAGGACAAGAAGCGGAGGCCAUGCUCUUCUGCCGCGUCGAAGAGGGGAUCGGGCGGCGGCGGUGGCAGCGGGGGCGCGUCUCCUCCUUGCUGCCAGGCCGAGAAGUGCACGGCCGAUCUGGCGGAGGCGAAGCGAUACUACCGACGGCAUAAGGUCUGCGAGGCGCACUCCAAGGCCGCCGUGGUCAUCGUCGCCGGCCUGCGACAGAGGUUCUGCCAGCAAUGCAGCAGAUUCCAUGAGUUAUCAGAGUUCGAUGACUCCAAGAGGAGUUGUCGCCGGCGUUUGGCUGGCCACAACGAGCGGCGCCGGAAGAAUACUACUUCGGAGACCCAGGGAGAACGGCUGAAGCCGCUGCAGGCAAGCAGACCAAGGUGGGAGGAUUCAGACGAGUGACGCCGGAAACUUCACACGCACAAGCGUUUGCGUAUCAGAUGAGAUACUGCAUUCCCCAUGAAAGCAUGCUCUCUCUCUUCUGUCAUGCUAUGGCUUUCUUGCGAACCAACAACUGAUGUCAGAUUUCUCUCUCGUAUUAGGUCCAGAAAAUGCACCAUCUCGUAGUUAGUUUAAAGUAAAUGUAGAUACCAUUAUGGACGACUUUGUUGAAGUGUGUAUAUUGUCAGUUUACAUUA